AUGCUGAAGGCUGCUCCGUGCCUGCUGGCCACCCUCCUGGGUGCUGGACGCUGCAGGCUGCUCUGUGCCUGCUGGCCAUUCCCUUUGGUGCUGGACAGCGCUCACAUUGUGAAUUGCACUGGCCGUGUGGAAAACACCUGCAAAUGUUGUCAGGAGAGGGCGGUGGCAGAAGAAACUCGAAAGAGCAGAUUGGCUGCAGCAAAGGAAAAGUUAAAAGAAUAUUGGCAGAGAAACAACCCUGGUGUUCCAGCAGGAACAAAGAGGAACAAAACAAAUGGCAGUAGCCCUGAGACAGCCACUUCUGGUGGUUGCCACUCACCUGGGAAUGGAUCAGCAAGAGGUAUCCACGGGGAGGGCCCUACAUCAUCUGCUACCCUGAAGGAUCUGGAGAGCCUGUGCCAAGAACUAGCAGUAGUCCUGGACUCGAGGUCCGUAAAAAUCAGUUAACUGAAUAACACCAUCAAAUCUUUGAAACAACAGAAGAAACAAGUGGAACAUCAGCUGGAAGUAGAAAAGAAGGCAAACAAUGAGAACAAAGCUGAAUGGGAGCUAGAGGUUCAAAUCCAGAGAUUGAACACACAGAAAGGGAAACUAAAUACAGACCUGUAUCACAUGAAACGUUCUCUCAGAUACUAUGAAGAUGAGUCCAAGGAUGUGGCCGGCUACCUGCAACAUUCAUUGCAGCGUAUAGCAGAGUUAGAGCGGCUCUCUGCUGUCACCACCACACAGGAGAAGAAGGAGAUCAGUUUCUCGAGCCUCAGUAAAGCACUUAUUGAGUGGCAGUUAGAGCAGUCCAUACAGGAGAAGGCACGGUUGAAAGCACACCUGACAUGGUUGAAGGAGUCGCUUAAACAAGUCCAGCUAGAGAGAGAUGAAUAUGCUCAACAUAUAAAAGGAGAGCAGAGGCAGCAGAGGAUGAGGAAAAUGUCGCAGGAGGUUUGCACAUUGAAGAAGGAGAAGAAGCAUGAUACAUGUCCGGUAGAGAAGCGGGAGAGGAGCUUGUGCAAACUCAAAAACCAGAGGGCUGAACCCCUGCUCCCAGAUCCCCCAGCAAUGCCCUCCGAGGUGGAGCUGCAGAACCUCAGGAAGCAACUGGAGAGAAUGGCAGGAGAACUCCAAGCCCAGAUGGAAAACAAUCAGCGCAUAAGUGUCCUGAACUGGGGGCAAAAAGAGAGGCUUCAGGAGCAAGAGAAGAGGCUUCAGCAGCUGGCCAAGCCACAGAGUGGCUUCAAGGAGCUGAACAAUGAGAACAAGAGCGCACUGCAGUUGGAGCACCAGGUAAAGGAGCUGCAGGAGAAGCUGGGUGAGGAGCGUCUGGAAGCUGCUAGGCUGCAGAACCAGCAGCUAAAGGCCCAGUUGAGCCUCAUGAGGGCUCCAGGAGAUGGAGGAGGACAUCUGGACAGUGAGGAGGAGGAGGCACCUCGGCCCAUGCUGACUGUCCCGGAGGACCUGGAGAGCUGGGAGGCCAUGAGCAGCUUUAUGGACCUCCUGGAGGAGAAGACGGACCUGAGUGAGCUGGGGGAGAAACAAGAACUUCGAUUCAUCUAGUACUGGAAAGACAGACACCGUCAGAAAGUUCAUCACCUUAUAGUAGAGCCAGGGGAUAGUGCCAAAGAUGCGGCACCGGGAGGAGGACUUCAUCAGGCUGGCCCAGGACAGCAAGGAGAUGAAGGUGAAGCUGCUGGAGCUGCAGGAGAUGAUGCUGUGGCUUGUGGUGACUACAACGAGGAGCACAGCAAAUUCCUGGCCACUGCCCAGAACCCUGCUGAUGAGCCCAGUCCAGGAGCCCCAGCCCCCCAGGAGCUUGGGGCUGCCAACAAGCAUGGUGAUCUUUGUGAGGUGAGCCUCACCGACAGCGUGGAGCCUGCGCAAGGAGAGGCCAGGGACGGUUCUCCCCAUGGCAACCGUACUUCACAGCCAAUCGUGCAGGACCACCAGGAGCACCCAGGCUUGGGCUUUUGCUGGACUUGGCUGCUGAGAAGAAGGAGAUAAACAUCACCAUCAUCAAAGAGCUGGUCAAGAAAUUUUACAAAAGGAAACAAAGUUAUGGGGUUAAUUCCCUAUACCAUUCAUUUACUUCAUUUGAAUGUUAGAGACACUCAUGAUUAUUUGUGUUUCUAAUUUAUAGUUUAAGUUUAUUUGUAAAAAGUUAAAGGAGAGUGGGUCUCUGUGGCUUUCACUGAUGUUCACUCUGGCAUCCUUUAGCAUUUUUCUUUUUUAACUUCAUAAUUGUAGGUCAUUAGCAUGCAUAUCGAGUUUGCCCUUACAUGGUGGGAGGUCAAACACACAAAGACCCACUGUUUGCACAAAACUAUUGUUGCUGGUUUGGAAUAGCCUGCCAUGCUUUUUUAAUGUUAUUGCAGCACGUAUAUUCAUUACAGAAUUUAAUUUGCUUAUGUUCUGCUAUUGUUUAACCUAAUCUUAGUCACAGCGAGCCCUUCAUUAGCUCAAUAUGUGGUUUGCCCUCAAGUGUGCACUGUUUAUUACUUUGUAAUAUGCCACUGUGAGUACUGACAUUUAGAGUUGUUUAAAGGCCGAGAACUGGAAACAGCCUUUCCCCCAUUUUCUGUGUAUUGAUGAUGGGAGUAAUAACAUUUUGGGGGAGCUUUUUAAAUCUCACAGAAGAGGAAAGUGGCCUGCUCUGGCAGGUGUGUGCAGGAUAGAGUGCGUUUCAUUUGUUCCGGUGCCAAGAAUGAGCGCUGUACUAUGGUAGUUCCCUCAGGAUUUGUAUGUGCUCUGGGCUCAUGAAGAUAUUGCACCAUGAGCUGCAGCAGUUGUACUCUUUCUUGAUGACCUAAAAAGGGAUUAUUUCUGAGGAAUGAAAGGCUCCCAUCAUUGAUUGUGGAUGUGGAAAACCUUUCCUAGCUUAGAGCAUUUGUAUCUAUAAUACAUUUAAAAGAGUUCAUGUUACCUGUUUUAAUCACAUGACUACAUGUCCCAGUACACAAAAGGGCAUUGGUUGGCAUUCUUCUUAAUGUAUUUAGUAAAGAUCAUAAGAAAUCCUUUGAGAGUUUAAAUGUCCCUGGAACAGGUAUACAGACUCUAGUCAAGGAUGAAUUAGAGUGAAGGAAAGCUGUGUGACACCUGGCAUUCCUCUCUGUUCACGGAGCGUCUUUGAGGCUUGAAGAUUGAUUUUACCAUCUAGACCUCUCUGGCUAAUACUUAUUCUUCAACCACCUUGGUUACUCUGACAUAGGAAUUUACUUCUUUUCCUUUAGUGGAAAACACUUUAAAAAAUAAUAACAAACAUUAUUAUAAACUAAUAUGUGUGAGAGUACUUAGUUAAAACAAAAA